UAAUCAAAACUUCCCUUUUGCAGUUCAACAUAGAAGAAAAAAUAAUAUGGAUCCUCCAUCAACGAAGAGCUGGAGCAUCCAUACCCGAAAAGAGAUCACCGUCAAAUACGAAAUCUUCAAUCGGAUCGGCGCCGGAGCAUAUUCCGAUGUAUACAAAGCUCGAAGGAGAUCGGAUUCUGUCACCGUCGCUCUGAAAGAAAUCCACGAUUAUCAAUCUGCGGCUCGGGAAAUCGAAGCGUUACAGACGCUUCAGCAUUGUCCAAACGUUGUCGUUUUACAUGAGUAUUUCUGGAGGGAGGAUGAAGAUGCGGUGCUUGUAUUGGAGUAUUUGCAUACAGAUUUGGAUUGUCUUAUUAAGGAAGCGAAGAAAUGGGAAAAGGGAUUGAGUUUAGGGGAGAUUAAGAGAUGGAUGAUGCAGAUUUUAUGUGGAGUUGAUGCUUGUCACCGGAAUUCGAUUGUACAUAGAGAUUUGAAGCCUUCGAAUUUGUUGAUUUCUUCUGAUGGGAUCCUCAAAUUGGCUGAUUUUGGACAGGCUAGAAUACUACUGGCCCCCGGGUUUGUAGCUAAUGACAAUCAACAGCCGUAUGUACAAAGCACUCCUUAUCAGGGAACUGUGGCUGGUCCAUCACAUUUCAAACACAUAUCAGAUGUGUCUUCUGAAGGAGGUGUAUUUAUUGAAGAUCCAGGAUCUACGGUUCAAGCAGCCCGUCUUGGAGAGUCAGAUGAGCUUAGAUUCAGGCCCUUCGAUGACACUGAUAAAGAUAGUAAUAUUCAAGAUGGGGACACAUCCUGUCUAGCUACCGGAACCAUGAGUUAUGUUGAGGAAGAUCUCUUACCAGGCACAUAUUCGUAUGAUGUUGACGAUGGUGAGCAGGAUUGCUUUCCUCCACUUACAUCUUGUGUUGGAACUCGUUGGUACAGGGCACCUGAGCUACUCUACGGAUCCACUAGGUAUGGGCCAGAGAUUGAUUUGUGGUCACUAGGCUGUAUUUUUGCAGAGGUUUUGCGUUUGGAGCCACUUUUUCCUGGAAAUGCUGAUAUUGAUCAAAUAGGCAGAAUUUUAAGUGUUCUGGGGAACUUAUCUGAAGAAGUCUGGCCUGGUUGUGCGGAUCUUCCUGAUUACAAGCUUAUGUCAUUCGGUAAAGUAGAUAAUCCAAUUGGCUUAGAAGCAUGUCUAUCGAACAGGUCAAAUGAUGAAAUUCUUCUCGUCAAAAAGUUGCUAUGUUAUGACCCGGCUGGUAGAGCUACUGCAAUGGAAUUACUCCACGACAAGUAUCUAAACGAAGAUCCCUUGCCAGUCCCAUCGUCUGAAUUGAGGAUUCCCUCCAAACACAGCUCUGAAAAUGAUGAUUCACCUGAAGAAUUUCAUAGAGAUCUGAACUCCGACUCAGACUUUGAUGAUUUUGGCCCAACGAAGGUUUCAACCACGGAUCAUGGUUUCUCAAUUCAGUUUUCGUGAGCUAGGAAGUCCGUUUUUAUUUUUCAGAAUUUGUUCUCCAGACUACCGCGUGAUGAUCAACAUCAUCUUUUGCUGCAGACUAUUUAAACUAUGCAGCACUUCAUAUAUUUUGUUGGAAGAGAUUCUCAAGUUUUUGCAAGUUGUAACAAUUAUGGCGUCCAUUAUUGGAAUACCAAAUAGAGAAACAGAGACAUAUUUAUACACUUUACUAAUAUAUAUUAUCAUUGUGAUUUCUUCUCA